UUGUAACAAAUAAUAUUUUUAUUAAAUAGGCUUUACUUUGCAUUUUAAUUAACGUGGGAUUAUUUUUUGUAUUCAGAAAUAAUAGUACCAACUUUUUUUUUUUUUUUCUCCAACAUUUGUGGCACUGGCGUGGCGCCCCCUGAUGGACGGCGCCCUUACCAUUUGCCUAAACGGCCUAUGCCACGGGCCGGCCCUGUCUGUCAGAUCUAGUCCAACGGUUGGUGCCAAAACCCCAAAUAUUUAUACUGGGCAAAGAUGGUUUCGCCUGAUCGUAGUGACAAAAAACAACUGUUUUAACUGUCAAAGCCCAACGACAGUCGUCGAAGUGUAAUUUCCCCCCCCGUUAGCAUUGAGGUAUGGUCUGGCUGUGGAUCGACUACUACUGUCAGGUUCAAAACCCAGGAUGACAAUUAUUAAACAGACAAGAAGAAGCAAGGAAUCAAACAGAGACAGAAUUCAAUUUAGCUCACUGAGGAGAAACGUCUGGGCUGUACUCCUUGUACAGUCCACCACACUUUCCCUGAUUACAUAGCAACGGAUGAAACGUCUUCCAAGACCAACCAAACAGUCCGUUUGCGAUCGAUUGAACGACCUGGAUGAAUGAGAAACUUCAUAGGUAUAAAUUCGGAUGUGAAUCGAUUUUUUUCUGAGUGACCGCCCGACUAUUUGCUAGUGAAUCACAGACUGCAUCAAGCCUUCUGGUUGUAUUAUCGCAGCUGCGUGUUCGUGAGAACAUUUGUAUUUGUUUGAAUCCCCUUCCAUGUCGUCCAAGCCUUCUGUGCCUUCUAAGGCUUCUGGCUCCAAAUCAAAGCUGCUUACCAAUCGGACCUCCGCAGUCGAGCUACUUGAACCAAUAUAAGGGCGACGGCAAACAUCUCACUCGGAGGAAGCCAAUAGCGGGCGACGAUGCCAAUGAUAUUUCGGCAUUAGUCGUGAGUACUCCUGUCAAAUGUUGUGUUGAAGAGUGUUUGAGUGUGUGUGCAAGUAUACAGACUUCAAAUGCGUACAGUGGUCACACGAAUCCUAAAAAAAUAGCAUCUCAGCUUUGGGGAUAUUGACGGGGGUCCGGAAUGUAACUCCCGCGACAAUCGAGGGAACACUGUAAACCUGAAUGUUUAAAGUUUGUUUUUUUAUAUGAUAACUGGAACUGCUGAUUGGGGCCAGACGUCUGCAGAUGGACUGAACACGGAGGUUCCGAUGCCAUUUAUUCCUUACAUAAUUACCACUGCCGUCAUCAAGUGACUGUAAACCGCAAACAUUCGCUGCUUUUUAUUUUAUUGUAUUGUUUUAACUUUGUUUUCCUUUGUUUGGUCCGAACUGUGGCGCCCUCAGACCAUAAUCCAUGUUUUUGUGCCACUUUUAUUCUACUCGAGAAAAAGCCUUAAAUUACGACGGUGGUCAAAAGUGUACAUACACGUGUAAAGAACAUCAUGUCAUGGGUGUCUUGAGUUUACAAUCAUUUCUACAACUCUUAUUUUUUUGUGAUUGGAGCACAUACUUGUUGGUCACAAAAAACUUUCAUGAAGUGAAAUUGAGCAAAUCUGCUAUACUAUUAGUGUGGGGGCAAUACUGUCCACACCUGUCUCCAUCUAAACACGGCAGUGCGCUCUUAAACGCACGCUGGCAAGCGAGGGAAACUUGACGUUAAAAAAGCGCUUGGCCCCGUUUACUCCGAGAGGAAAGCUCCAGAGCAAAGUCUGUGUAGUUAGUCCGCCAAACGACGCUGGUGCGCAUGUGUCUGACUUCGUGUUGCCUAAAAUGCAUUAAUAAUGACGGUUUUUCGAUAAUUAAAAAAUUAGACGGUAUUACUAAUCGUCAGGAAUUUUAUCGCAAAUUAUCAUUAUACCGUUUAUUGUUACAGCAUUAUUCACAUGUGAAUAACAUAAAUACAGUAUUAUUAUACAGCAUUAUUCACAUGUGAAUAACAUAAAUACAGUCUAUUAUACAGCAUUAUUCACAUGUGAAUAACAUAAAUACAGUAUUAUUAUACAGCAUUAUUCACAUGUGAAUAACAAAUACAGUCUAUUAGACAGUAUUAUUCACAUGUGAAUAACAUAAAUACAGUCUAUUAUACAGCAUUAUUCACAUUUGAAUAACAUAAAUACAGUCUAUUAGACAUCAUUAUUCACAUGUGAAUAAUAUAAAUACAGUCCAUUAUACAGCAUUAUUCACAUGUGAAUAACAUAAAUACAGUCUAUUAUACAGCAUUAUUGACAUGUGAAUAACAUAAGUACAGUCUAUUAUACAGCAUUAUUCACAUGUGAAUAACAUAAAUACAGUCUAUUAUACAGCAUUAUUCACAUGUGACUAACAUAAGUACAGUCUUAUACAGCAUUAUUCACAUGUGAAUAACAUAAAUACAGUAUUAUUAUACAGCAUUAUUCACAUGUGAAUAACAUAAAUACAGUAUUAUUAUACAUCAUUAUUCACAUGUGAAUAACAUAAAUACAGUCUAUUAUACAGCAUUAUUCACAUGUGAAUAACAUAAAUACAGUCUAUUAUACAGCAUUAUUCACACGUGAAUAACAUAAAUACAGUCUAUUAUACAGCAUUAUUCACAUGUGAAUAACAUAAAUACAGUCUAUUAUACAGCAUUAUUCACACGUGAAUAACAUAAAUAGUCUAUUAUACAGCAUUAUUCACAUGUGAAUAACAUAAAUACAGUCUAUUAUACAGCAUUAUUCACAUGUGAAUAACAUAAAUACAGUCUAUUAGACAGCAUUAUUCACAUGUGAAUAACAUAAAUACAGUAUUAUACAGUACAAUAAUAUAAAUACAAUAUACAUUUAAGUAGAGUCAAAAAGGAACAUAUGUGCUUCUGUACCGAGGUUAUUAUCAUGAAUAUAUGAUGUUCAACAACAAGCCUUACAACGUUUGAGUAAAUAGAUAUGAUCAAAAUACCGUAGUAGACCCAUAAUAAAUUCAUAAAAGAAGCAAACUUCAUGAAUGUUUUUUGUGAGCAAUAAGUAUGUGCUCCAAUCACUACAUCACAACAAAAUAAGAAAUGAUUGUAAAGUCAGGACAGCCAUGACAUGAUGUUCUUUACAAGUGUAUGUACACUUAUGACCACCACUGUAUAUAAUCUGAGCUUUUUUGUCCCUUUGCUGUUGGUGUGUGUGUGUGUGUAUCGUUGCCAAACUGUGUUGACAUGACUUUUGUAAAUGAGCGUGCUGUACAUGCCAACUUGAACGUAUUUCUAUUUUUGGAUGCAUCUUCAUCCCGACAUUCCCGUGUACAGCUCCUGGAGAAAUGUUUUGUCAUUUGAGGGGAGGUUUUUCUUCUGAUGUAAUAAACUCAGGUGCCACUGAUCCCAGUGCUUCUCGUCAUUGGCCGGCCCCGUGCUCCGCCUCCCCACAGAUAGCGUGGUGUCGGAGCAGGUGGCGGGCGGCUGGCUGACGUUCACUUUGCAGCAGUCAAAUGGAGUCGGUGGAAUCGGAGAAACAACUCCUGAUGGAGCGUCUGCCCCGCUCUCAGGACCAGCGUGAGUCGGACUCUGACACGUCUCCUUCGGACGACACGUGGGAGCCGGCGUGGACCUGCGGCGGCGAGCCGGACGUGGCGGCGGCGAACGAGAGCGACGCGAGACGUACGGCCGGGAGGAAGCUGCUUGUUGCCUUGGCGAUCAGCCUCAUCUUCAUGAUCGGCGAAGUGGUCGGUGGGUAUGUUGCACACAGCCUGGCCAUCAUGACGGACGCCGCACACCUCCUGACUGACGUGGGCAGCAUCGGCGUGAGCGUCUUCUCCCUCUGGAUCUCAGGCCGCCCGCCCUCUCCCACCAUGACCUUCGGGUGGCAUCGAGCAGAGAUUCUGGGCAUGCUGCUCUCGCUGGUGUCCGUCUGGACCGUGACGGCGGCGCUGGUCCUGUCCGCCGUUCAGAGGAUGGCAGACGGCGGCGGCUACGACAUUGACGGCGACGUGAUGCUGCUCACGUCAGGCUGCGCUGUGGCAGCUAACGUCCUGAUGGUGGUGAUCCUCCACCAGUCAGGCGUCUCUCACGGCCACGGUCACAGCCGCGGUAACGCCAGCGUGAAGGCCGCCUUCAUCCACGCGGUGGGAGACCUGGUCCAGAGCCUCGGCGUCCUGCUGGCGGCCGCCAUCAUCCACGUGUGGCCUGAAUACAAAGCAGCAGACCCCGCCUGCACGCUGCUCUUCUCCCUGCUGGUCAUGUGGACCACCUUGCACACCGCCAGGGACGUCUUCAGAGUGCUGAUGGAGGGCGCACCAGCCCACGUGGACUACACCUGCGUGCGAGACCUCCUGCUGUCCGUGUCGGGGGUGGUGUCUCUGCACGGCCUGCACCUGUGGAGCCUCAACAUCACUCACUGCUCGCUGGCUGUGCACCUGGCGGCAGAAGACGGUGUAGAUCCACACGUCAUCCUCACCAGGGCAACUAAACUCCUGCGCUCACAAUUCCAUUUCACGUCCGUCACCAUCCAAGUGGAAGGCAGCAGAAGCAUCCCUGCUGCAUGGUGACACACCUGGUG